AUGUUGCCCAAUACGAUUGCUGUAUCAUCUACCUUGCCUAGAGUAAAAAAUAAGACUUACAAUGAAAACGAUGAAAAUAUUUCAUAUUCUAAGUCAGUAGAUUUUCAAAAGGAUCGUAAAAGUUGGCCUUUGGCACAGGUAAUGGAAUGUGUUGAUCUUGAAACGGUGUCAUGCAUAUCACCUUUAGAAUCUGAAAAUGAAACUUGUAUUGUAGACCCUAUUACUUCUUCUCACAAUGGUUGUGUGACAGUUCUUCAGACGGAUAAUCUACAAUCCGAAUGUAUUAACGAAUUGUGUUUAGAUGGUCAACCAAGUAAUGUCUUAAAAAUUGUCUUGCCUCUAGUCAGUGAAAAUGUGCCAUUGAAUGGUCAUCCAAUAGCAAUCGAACACGAUCAAUUCUUUCAAGAACAAGGUCAUGUUGUUUCAAGCAACGAUCAUGUUCAAUAUUCUCCAAAACAAUGUGUAGAUAUGCCAGUCUAUGUAAAUAAAUACAUAAAUAAUAGAAAUCAUUCUUUACCUGAAGAUAGUGAACUAAAUCGAUUUAGUUCAACAUUUGAAGACAUAAAAACUUUACUUAAAGAAGGUCUAGUUGACGGUCUAGAUGAAAUGCCACCAGAUUUUCAACCUCCACACCCACCUCUGCUUUACAGAGUUUCUUCGUUACCAAAUCUUCUAAGUCAUGAUAGUACAAAAAGCCAUCAUUCGUGUUCAUACUUAACUAUGUGUGCAACUAAACACGAAUUAUUUAUGAAUAAACUUUGCAAAAAUAUUGUUGCUAAACAUGACAUGUCUGUGCAAGUAUCAACCGAAUUAUUUAAACAUCAAAAUCAAAAAAUUUAUGUCGACACAAGCUGCCAAACAGAAGAUAUUUUUGUUAAUUGUCAUGUGAAUAAUGAAGUUUUGACUCAGGAAAUUUACCAAAAUGAUUGUCAUAAGGUUAAUAAUGUUUUUGAGAAAGAACUCAUAAUGAAUACCAACAAUGAAGAUAAAAUUAAAAGUAACAUAGAAGAAAACUGUACCAGUAUUGGUUAUACAAAUAUUAAUGUUUUUAAUAAAAAUCUUGAACAUGACACUUCUGUAGAUAAGGAAUUAUCAGGCAUUGGUUACACAAAUAUUAAUGUAUUUAAUAAAGAACUUCAAACUAAUGCAGAAAAUGACUGUACCGACAUUGGUUACACAAAUAUUAAUGUUAUAAACUCAGAAUACAAAAUCAAAACUAGUGAAGAAGAGGACUGUGCAAGUUUUAAUUAUUCAGAUGUUAACACAUUUAAUAAGGCAAACGAAGUUAAUGCCAAUGGAGAGGACAGUGCCAGUAUUGGUUAUAUCAAUAUUAAUGUUUUUAAUAAAGAUAAUACAAUAACUAAUAAUGAGGAUGGUUUUACUAAUGUUAGUUAUACCAAAAUCACAACUUUUAACAAGGCAUGUGAAAUCAAACCCAAUGAAAAUUGUGUUGAUAUUGACUAUACAAAUAUGAAUGUAGUUGAGAAUGGAAAUGAAGUCAAUGUUAAUGAAAAGGACAAUUUGAAAAUUGGUUAUACCAGUAAUAAGAUGUUUGAUAAAGGGAUUGAAGGUAAAUCUAAUGGAGAGGACUGUGUUGACAUUGGUUAUACAAAUUUUAGUUUGUAUGACAAAGGACUUGACAUCGAUUCAAAUGACGAUUGUGAAAAUUAUGCUAAUGCUAAUAUUUUAGAAGAAUUUGUUAAUGAACAAAUAAGCCUUAAUAAUAUUGAUGGAGAUUUUGAUUCAUUUUUGUUUGGACCAUUGCCCCCAUCACCUAUUGAAGAAAUUGUUUCAGAGCUACCUAUAUUGAGUAGCGUUGAAACAAAAAGAGAAAACUCUGCUCCUGUACCUUUCAUAUUUGAUGUUCAUAAAAAUGAACCAAGUACUUCAAUAAUCAAAUCUCGAUCAAUAGACGCUGAAUUUUCUCAUAACUUUCAACAACAUCAAAAAAUUGGAACCAGAUCUGUGCAGUCUGAGAGAAGAACUUAUCCAUCUGAAGUACCCGUUUCUGAUGGAUACCCAAAACCUUUGAAGCUUAAAACCAGUAUUCAUCCCAGUACUAUUGAAAAAUUAUCAGAUAUUUCGAGCUCAUUGCCAGAUACGCCACUAUUAGGAAGAUGUGAUUUUCCCCGUCAGUAUUCUGCCACCGGUACUAAAACAAUGACUCAGAUGUCAAAUAGUAUGAGUAUCAACAUGAGAGGUGCUGGUCAUGGUUCUAGUAUUGGUUUAGGCCAAGCAAUGGCUGGUGCCGAGUUGUUGCACCUAAAUGGACCUGGUAGGGGAUGGUACCCACGGCAAAGACAAUUUCGUCCUGUGUCAGUAGAACAGCUUGACAAAUUGGCUAGCAAAAGCCCCGUUGGCCACUCACAAUGGGAUUCUCGAGAAGGCCAUAAACCUGUUACAUUACCCCCUAAUCUUACACCAAAGUUCUUCCACAGGUCUCCCAGAGAAGCGCUUCGACGUGUCACUAGUCUACUUAUUAGAAAGGGUAAUACUAACAAAAGUAAUAAAUCUAAAACUGUAUUCUCUUCUUCAGUGAUUGGACCACACGGAGAUAUAAGUGAAGAAUGUGUGACCAGUCAAUCCAAACGUGGAUUUUUCAAAAGCUUAUGGAGAAAAUAA